GAGCUACCGUUUCCUUAUGACCCCACAUGGGAUUGUUUCCUCCCAUCCUACAGUUGAGCUUCUGGCAAAGUCAGAUUACCACAAUGUGAGAUGAACAUGCUUCAACAUGACGUCGUACAUCCUGUGGACUGCGUUUACAUGGACGUUCAAGGGGAUACUGUGCACCUGCAGGUUCCUUUGGAUAUGCCCGUACAAUGCAAUCAAAUUCUUGCCAAGGGAACGGCGCGUUACAGAGGACAAAAGCCGACACCUAAAACAACUUGUGGGUUCUGAAAUGAAAGGGGUGCCAGCCAUCCCGGGCAGCCCAGACCGAACAACUGCCCUUCAUAAACGACUAACCAAAACUGAGAAAGAAAUACUGUCACUCAAGACGAGGGUUGCCUGUGAGAGAGCAUCAUGGGAGAGGAGGUUUGGAGAGCUGCAAAGAAAACAGGAAGAGCUACAUUAUCAGCUGACCUCUCAGGCAGGAGUGCUGGUGAACGUGGGCGGCUGUGAUGAGCAGGGAGAGUCAGGAGUGGACAACGGAGAGGCAUUUGAGGAGUGUUCAAGCGGUCUCUCAAGAGCGAUGUACCAACACAGAGCGUCUGAGGCGUCACCAAGGGGCGACACUUAUACAAGCAGUCUGAGCUCAAGACCUUCCUCUUCCUCAUCUUCAGCCACCAGUGUGAGGUCAUGGAGGACGUCCAAAGGGCCUCACCGGGUUUUUAUACCUCACUCCCCCAUGGACCUGGAGCUGGGUCACCGGGUUAAGAUCGUGCUGCCGUCUGGACGGAUCAGCACAGGGACGAUUCGUUUCCUGGGCCACCUGCAGGGGGCGGCAGCUCCACCCCAAGGUGGUGGAGCUGCAGACACCUGA